AUGGAGCAGUACGGCUUCGACCCCGACGUCGCCUUGACUGAGCCGAAUCGGAAGGAAAUAAAAAAGGAACGCAGUAGCACGAUCCUCCUACUUCAGAAGAACUGCCAGGGCACGAUCUCCACACUGGAGGUAACUGCAACAACCACGUCGGGUACAAAUGGAUCACCAAACGAAAGAGGAACAACAAGGAAAAGAAAGAAACAAAGAAGAGCAGAGCACAAUCAAAUAAAAAGGAGGAGAAAAUUGAAAUCGUAUCAGCAGAGAAAGAGAACUCUUACGGGUGGAACUGGUUGGUAUGAUUCACGCCUUAAGACUGUUUCAAUUCAGUUGGUUCCUCUUCUCUGAUGGUAUAUUGGAGUACCGCUUCAUUUCCUAUGCAUAAAAGUUUAUCCUUCCCUGCACUCAUAUGAAUUGUGCUUAAUUGAAAGAAGCCAUUUGUCUUAUGUCGUUGUCUAAGUUGCUAGAAUGAGAGCAUAUAAAACAAUGAAUUCAUUAUAUGUUUAGUAACUAAUUGAUAGUUUAAA